GUGUGUGUGCGUGCGCUGAUUAAAUCAUAAGUUUUCCAUUCCUGUUUUGGGGAAGCGUUUGUUAAGCCUGAAAUUGUCUUUCAUUCACCUGGCCUGGGGGAAAGGGAAGAGUCUUCCCCGAAAACACAUCUCUGCGCUUCUCAAGUCUCUUUCUCGACCGAAAACACGUCUCUGCGCUUCUCAAGUCUCUUUCUGGACCGAGCAGACAUGCCAAGUGCCUGCAGCCGGAGGUGGAAGAAGCUGGCAAAGAAAAGCUGCUGCUCUUUCUUCCCCCCUUCCCUCCUCUUUUUUUUCCCUUCCUCCCUCUGAAGGGAUGAAUCAUGCUCCCACAACUGCAAAGAAAUGUUGAAAGCUGGGAGAACACUGGUGCAGGACUAAAAAGGCAAGUGGUGACGUCCCAGCCCAAACCAGGAGGGAGUGGCUUUAUUUCAUUAUUUUCUUUCCUUUUGCCCUGUGCUGUCAUUAGAAAUUUAAACUUAAUACAAAACCGAGCCCUGCUGUCUGCUGAGCGGUGGACUGGCUUGAGAGGAGGAAAGUACCUUUUUGUAUUGUUUCUUCCAGUGCACGAGGGCGUGAAAGAAAAACCCUGUUGGUGACAGUAUUUACAUUGGAUACGGUGAUUGGCUUUUUUUUUUUCUUCUUUUUUUCCUGAAUUAAACCCGUCGUGGCUGAGCCUACCUUCUCCCUUCCCUCUCGGAGCAUCAGAGGGUGCACACAUCUGGCUUUUGUUCUCUCUUUGGGCAGGAUUUUUAUUCUGAUGCUUUUUGGAUAUUAAAGUUGUCUGGAAAACCUUUUUUUUAUUAUUACUCUAACAGGGAGGCUGGUACCAUUCUUAGCAGUUGCAAACCAAAAUAAUCCUAUAUGUCUAAAGCUCUCUUCAAAUAUCUUUUGUUUGCUGUAAGUUCCUGCGUUGCCUGUACAAGCAAAUCUGCUCUGAGAAGACUUUAUCAGCCGGUCGCAGCUCUGGGAUUUUCUCUUUCCUGCCAAGAGGCUCGGGCAGGCUGAGACACGGGGACUCCUCUGAGCACGUAUGUGAGAGGUCUGGAGCGCGCCUGGCCGUGGUCAGCCUGGGGUUCAUGGUGGGCUCUGCUGCUCCACUCCUGCCUAUCUGGACAAAAUGUACGAACGCCACAAGAGGCGAUACAGCUUGUGCGACAUUUCCAAGGUGGACAGGACUGUAGAUGUUGUGUUGUUAAAGAUAAACCGUGAAAGCUGGUGUUCGCUGGAGCCAUGUCCCGAUUCUUCCCUGUUGGAGCGCAAGCGGACACAGGAGUCUCCAGAAUGCGAGAACUUCUUGGAGGAUGGGCUGAGUAGCGUCUGUGCCUCGUCACAGGGUGGUCUUAAAAGAGAGUCCGGGAGCGAGUCUGACCUCUUUCCCUUGCCUGGUGAUGGGAUGGAAGACCUUGUCUUUGGAAAGCAGCCUGAAGAGGAGCAGUCUGCAUGCGAUGUCACCAGCUCCAGUUCCUCUGCGGAUGACACCAUGUCCCUGGAGAGGAACUCAUCCCUGGGCAGCGACACAUCCCUUCCUUUCCCACCGAUAGGGAACUUUGUCCAGCCCAAGGACAGGCACAGCCUGGAUGGCAGCUGCAUCAACAUGGUGGCCACAGAGGGAGGAGAGAAGGAAGAGGAGCUGGACAGUAUCACGGAUGUGCCCACUCAUUCCUCCGUCUUACGAAACUCCAUGCGGCCACUGUCACCUUUCCGUCGACACAGUUGGGGGCCAGGGAAGAAUGCCACCAACGAAGCAGAAAUAAAUCAGAGGAGUUCAAUGCGAGUUCUGGGGGAUGGUAUAAAGAAGCCUCCCAUUCAUAGGAGAAGUUUGAGCUGGUGUCCCUCUGGUGUACAGUUGAUUGCCAUGGGUCCUGACUUUACUUGUAGAAGUUACAGCCUAGAAGGCCUUGCUGGAGACUCUGGUGAGAGCAAGAAGCCCUCUACGAACUUGGAGGCAGCUUCUCUGAGCUCCAAAGACCUCAGACGGAGUCCGCUUGCCAGCAACCAGUGUGGGUCCCUGGUCUUGCUCACUGAAGAACUCGAGCAAGGAGAAAUGAGAGACUAUGAUCACCAGAUGCAUCAAACAUCACCGCCACAAGGAUUUAAUUUCUGCUCUUCUACUGUUUCAUCUCCACUGACCAAAUCUAUGUCUCUAAUGUCGAUUAGUAAACCAGUGCUGGACAGUACGCAGGCGUUCGGCGGCCCCACAGCUUCCUCGGUUCAGAGCAUAUCUGAAGAGAGCAGCAGUGUCCCCGCUGGUAAAGGUGCAACAAAAGUCAGUCGCACCUUCAGCUACCUCAGGAAUAAAAUGUCCAGCAGCAAGAAGAGCAAAGAAAAAGAGAAAGAUAAAGAGAAGACUAAAGAGAAGGAAAAAGAUUCCAAGGAGAAAGAGAAAGAUAAGAAGCUGUUAAAUGGACAUCUCUUCACUGCAACCUCUGUUGUAGCCCAAGCAAUCUGUUACCACUGUAUGAAACCUUUCAAUAAGGAUUCGUACUACUGUGCAAACUGCAAUGCAAUUGUUCACAAGGGCUGUAAGGAGAGUGUUGCUUCUUGUGCAAAGGUCAAAAUGAAGCCACAGAGAGGGAUGCUGCAGGCACAUGAUACCUCUUCAUUACCCACAGUAACCAUGAGAAACAAAAGCUCACAGCCGAAGGAGCGCCCUCGCUCUGCAAUACUUGCUCCUGAUGAAAACACCGUAACCUCAAUAUUCAAUAACAGGAGAUCACAACAGCCUACAGCACUGUCCAAAAGUGUCUCAAUACAGAACAUUGCAGGAGUUGGGAACGAUGACAGUUUAAUACACACUUGGAAAUUCCUGUCUCAGUCAACAGACUCCCUACAUAAAAUCAGUCGGGUGAAUGAAUCUGUGGAAUCGCUGGUUGAUGAAGGAGCAGACAUGAACGAAGGACAGCUGAUGGGAGACCUGGAAUUGGAUUCCAAGCAGCUGGAGGCAGAGUCCUGGAGCCAGGUAGUGGACAGCAAGUUCCUACAGCAGCAAAACAAAGAUGUUGUCAAACGGCAAGAUGUCAUUUACGAGCUAAUGCAGACAGAAAUGCAUCAUGUCCGCACAUUGAAGAUCAUGAACGAUGUGUACAGUGCAGGGAUGUUAAAGGAGUUGCAGUAUGAUCAACAAGUCGUGGACAAGAUCUUUCCCUGCCUGGAAAACUUGCUGCACAUCCACAGUCACUUCUUCCAGCGAAUUCUGGAAAGAAAGAAGGAGUCGCUGGCAGACAAAAGUGAAAAGAACUUUGUUAUCAAGAGGAUAGGUGACAUCUUGGUGAAUCAAUUCUCUGGUGAGAGUGCUGAGCGAAUGAAGAAAACGUAUGGCAAAUUCUGCGGGCAUCACAAUGAGGCAGUAAAUAACUUCAAAGAUCUGUACUCGAAGGACAAGCGGUUUCAGGCAUUUAUCAAGAAAAAAAUGAACAGCUCCCUGAUGAGGCGUCUUGGGAUCUCUGAAUGCAUCCUGUUGGUAACACAGAGAAUCACAAAGUACCCAGUCCUUUUACAGAGGAUACUGCAGUACACCAAAGAAAAUGAAGUGGAACAUGAAGACUUGACUCAGUCAUUAAACCUCGUUAAAGAUGUGAUUGCUGCAGUCAACAGCAAAGUCAGCAAUUAUGAAAAGAAGAUGCGUCUUGGUGAGAUUUACAACCGGACAGAUAGCAAGUCCAUCAUGAGGAUGAAGAGUGGCCAGAUGUUUGCAAGAGAGGACUUGAGGCAUCGGAAGCUCAUCCGCGAUGGGCCUGUUUCACUAAAAAAUGCAGCUGGUCGGUUAAAAGAAGUCCAGGCUGUUCUCCUCUCUGACAUGCUCGUAUUCCUUCAGGAGAAGGACCAGAAGUAUGUCUUUGCCUCACUGGACCAGAAAUCCACUGUGAUCUCUCUGAAGAAGCUGAUCGUACGAGAAGUGGCUCAUGAAGAGAAGGGUUUGUUCCUCAUCAGUAUGGGUGUGAAAGAUCCCGAAAUGGUGGAAGUCCAUGCCAGCUCUAAAGAAGAGCGUAAUGGCUGGAUACAGAUCAUUCAAGACACGAUGAACACCAUGGAUAAAGAUGAAGAUGAAGGAGUCCCUUGUGAGUCUGACUUUGAAAAGAAGGUGUCGGAUGCAAAAGUGAGAGGCCUGAAAGAACAACUUCAGCAGAAGGAUAAGCAGAUCCUCCUCUUGCUGGAGGAGAAGGCCAAGAUCUUCCGGGACAUGGCAGACAGUUCUGUGCAGGAGGACAUGCCAGGCUCCAGGCUGCUCUUCAGAGCCAACACAGAAGAGGCACCAAAAGGAGAGGCCAUCAUGAAAACUGCACUAAAUGAAGUUGAACUGCUGCAAGACCUGGUGAACAGGAGCCUGGGCACUGCCCUCGGACAGCAGGUCAGCAGCACUGCCAUGGAACAAGAAGGAGGAGUUGGCCCUAUCUCUCUGCCUAGAAGGGCAGAAACAUUUGGAGGAUUUGACAGUCAUCAGAUGAAUGCCUCCAAGUGUGGAGCGAAAGAUGAAGGCGAGGAUGCUCAGGACCUUCGGAGAACAGAGUCAGACAGCAUUUUAAAGAAGGGUGGAAAUGCUAAUCUGAUGUUCAUGUUGAAAAGGAAUAACGAGCAGGUCCUCCAAACCAUUACCAGCCUCCAUAAGCUGCUCAGUGCUUUGCAGGGUGUUGUGCUGCAGCAGGACACCUACAUCGAGGACCAGAAGCUGGCUUUGAGUGAGAGGGCUCUGACUCGAAGCUUCUUCCGGCCGACCUCACUGCUGGAGCAGGAGAAGCAGCGCAACCUGGAGAAGCAGCGCCAGGAGUUGGCCAACCUGAAGAAGCAGCAGACACAGCACCAGGAGGAGAGGCGGAAGAGAGAGAAGGAGUGGGAAGUUCGGGAGAAGGAGCUGGCGGAGCAGGAAGCCCACUUGGCCCAGCGAGAGGAGCAGGUCCAGAGAGGGUGGCAGGACCUUGAGCGGGAGCGAGAGGAGCUGCAGGUGAAGAAGGCCUCCUACCAGCUUGACCUGGAGAGGCUUCGCACGGCACAGAAGCAGCUGGAGAGGGAGAAGGUGCAGUUCAAGCAGGACGUGGAGCGGUUAGCUCAAAUGCGGCAGGAGCCGGACCACAACCAGGUUUCAAAUCUACAUGAGAAACUUGCAAGAGUCUCCUCCCAGUCCAGCAUCGAUGAGUCCUCCAAGCAGAAGAGCCCUUCCCUUCCUAAACAAGGGCACUUUGAUGCAGAACUGUCUGUUUCCCCUAAAAGGAACAGUCUUUCAAGGACACACAAAGAGAAAAGCACUUUCCAUUUGCUUAGCACAACAAACCAGACUAACAAGGCAGCUGAGGAACAGCCCCAGAUGCCUACUCGCCUCUUCAGUUUAGCCAAACCAAAGGACAAGAAGGAAAAGAAGAAAAAGGGCCGGGGACAUCGCUCCCAACAGUCUGAUUCUCACUCGUCAGAAGCACCUCCAGAGGGUGAGGAGAUCUUCUGCUGAGCACAAACGGUUCCAUCAGUCACUCUCAGCAUUGGUACAUCUCCCUGCCUGCUCCACAGCACGCUGCUGGUGCCUGCAUCUGACAAGCAUCUGGAGGUUUUAUAUAUAACAUGUUACAAAGUCUGUUCAGUGGUGGGAAAGGGCCUCUCUCCUGUGGUUUUGGGUGAAUUCUCACCUCAGAGGCUGACUGCAUGGCAAAUAGUACCGUCUCUCUGUGCAAACCUUGGGUUAAAUGGAUUGGGAUAGAUGUUUUCUGUCUCUUCUUACUGCUAAAGGGUGAGAGAACAUAGCCUUAAGGGGUCUGUGCCUUCAAAUUCCCCUUUUCCGGGGAACAUCACCAAAACCAAGCAUUUAGCAAAAGAUUAGGACUCUACAAAUGGUGCGUACACACUGGCAUAUAUAGAUAUACUGUAUAUAUACAUAUAUGUAUCUAUGUAUCCACUGGGAUAUGCUUACAGUCUGUACAGCCAAGCUUAGCUUGGCCCAUGGGGAUAGGUGAUACCUGAUGACUUUCAGGAAGCUUGUAGAUAUUAAAUAUCUUGCCCUUACUGCUCCUGUUGUAAUGCCAUUGACUUGCACACCCCUUUUGUGCUUGUGGUAUAGGGACCGUUUGGUUUCAGAAAGGUACUUUACACCAGGUAGCAGUAACAGCAUUCAGAACAAAAAUUCGGAGGGAAAAACUAAAAUUUCAAGCAAUUCCAAAAGAUUUCCAUGGGGCAGAGGGAUUUAAAUGUCAAACUGUUUCCAGAAUCAAGCAGAAUGGCUUUGGGUAUAUUUAAAACAAUGCAGAAAAGAGCAAUUUGGUAGGCUUGUAAGGCAACCCCAGGGAGCCAGAGCAGACAGUGCUCAAGUGGGAACAACUCUAAGCAACAUCUUUUUUUAUACAAUCUCUUUGAGCUCCAGGUCAUUCCUUCCCAUCCCCUAAAGGGUUGUUUUGCCAGGAUGUAGUUCUUCAGUUGCAUUUGACAUCCCUUCAUUACAAGCCUGAUGACUUGCUGGAGAGAUGGCUGAAAAUCUGCUUUUAGGCACCUUUGUUCUGUUACUUGUAUUUUUCCUCCCCCACUUUUUGUGUUACCGUUGGGCUUCUGUUUGUCUGGAUUUUGUCAGCUUCGCUUGCUCGUUUCUCAGACAGAAUAAGACAGCAGCAAUUUCAGAGCACUUCAGUGAGAUAUCACAGGUCAGGGGACUGCGUGCUGGGAGCGAGCUCCAAAGAGGCAGCUCCUCAUCCCUAUGUCUAUACAACACCGUGCACUUAUUAACCAUUUCUAUGGAGACAAAUCUGUUUUCAUGGACAAACCCACUGUAGGACAGGUAUAAAGGUCCAGCAUGGCAAGUCCAUUUCCACCACUAGGCUGAAAGUGUUGCUGUUGGCAGAAGGGGAAAGUCCGAGGGUGGCUUUCGCUGUGCCGACUGUGAGCAGUUUGUUCAGCUGUUGGAUAUAGGGAUGUGUUCAGCGGAGGAAGAGGAGUGCAUUGAGCCAAACUCUUCUCCAAAGUCAUUGUUCUUCCAAACCCUCUCAGGGGGAUUACCCCAGCAGACUUGUAAAUGGUUACUAGACGCUAUCGGCUUCAAAAUAGCUCAAGGGUUUGCUCAGUGUUUGUAGCUGUCAAGUGUAUUUCCUUUCCUACCAGUUCCUCUGUACAAAACAACAGUAUUUCACUCCUUGCACUAUUGUUUGAUUUCAGUUUGCUCUCUGCCUUCUCACAAGCUCAACCCACAGCAGUGCUCAGAGUUCGGUGCUGAUGAGUAUCAGUGAGGUGGAUGCUUAGACUGGUCUGUCUUGGUCAGUGCAGGAAUCCUAAGCUGCCUGCUUGCUUUUGAAGCUCUCUAAAACGUUAAGAUUUAAAGAAGAAAAAAAGGAAGAAAGGAAAAAGGUUGAGAUUUAUUUUUAUUUUGCUUUUUUUUUAACUAUUAUUUGGUGCUUGUUCUUACUUGCAAGCAGGGCUUGCAAAAAUAUUUAUCUUUCUGUUUAUUUGAAAGAAUUCUUUUUUAAAAAGAAGUUUACUUGGGUUUAUUUUUUUAUUUCUUUUUACUUUGGCUUUUGUUUGGGGGCUUGAGGGGUGGUUUGGUUUGUUUUUUCUUAAUUUCCCCCUUGUUUUUUUGUUUUCUUACCAAGAGCUUGGUAAACCAAAUGUUCUUACCUCUCUGGUUCCUACAAGACCAGGGUUUGGGCAGUGCUGCUUUGCAGCUGAUGCUAUGCCCAGAGUUACACAAUUGCAGAUGAGAGCUUUCUUUAAGGCAGAGCUUCUUUGGGGCUAAAAAGUCUGGAUAAAGCAAUGACUUCAGACAAGACUCCUCCUAUUAGUUAGCUUCCUUGUUUAAGUAUUUUGUUUAGGUUUUCUCAUCCCUCUUGGAAGCAAAGGAAAAAGCAAAACAUAGAGCAUCUCACAGUGAUGUAAGUGGUCGCUUCUCCAGUGAGAUACAGGCAGCUCUUCUAAACCUGAAAGGAGCUAAAGGAGGCAUGUGCUGGUGUGGUGGUGUUUUCAUAAGAAAACCACCAAUUUCAGAACAUCUGCCCUGCUGUUUAUACACCUGCAAAAAGGACUGUGCCAAGCUGAAAUCUUUGGAAACCAAAGCAGUGCAUGGCUCAUUACUGCUGUGCAAACACAGAUCGGGUCCCUGGUGUUUCUGAAAGUUCCCCGCGGUCUGUAACAGCCUUUGCCAGUAUGAACUUUUCUUUCUAUCCCACUGUGUUCUCCACAGUCCCAACACAUCUUGAAUUCACAACUUAGGGAAUGUCCCGUGGCUCUGAGAAGGGCAUCAAAAGGCAGAUGCAGGACUCAGGGCAGCAGGGCUUUGUCUGCUUGGCUUGACCAUCUCUCCUGAUCUGUGCCAAUCAAAAAGAGCAUUCAGUACCCUAAGUGUGAUCUCCUAAAGUCCCCAUGUUUCCUUAUCCGAGAAACCACAGGUGUGAGUCAGAAAUAUACUGACCAGAAAUACUGCAAACUACAAAGCUGUUUGUGUCUUAAAUUCUGAUGGACAGACCUUUGUCCCUGGAGGAUGUAUGUUACUAUAUGAUUCACUUUUUUGGAAUGAAGCCUUUACUCCCACACUGCUUCCUCCUUCUUUCACCUUUAGGAAAGGAAGGGCUUGUUUUUAUCUCUUCAGCCUUUUAUUUUUUCCCCCUCUCAGAUUUUCUUUGCAAAGGCUUGGCAUAGGUUUCCAGAGUCAGAUUCCCACUCUGAUCCCUGCAGGUUGUCUGGGGUUGUCUGCUAGAGCACGGUCCCAGCUUGACAGCACCAAAGUCUUUCCUCUUCCUGGCCUUAAAAUUGUAUUUGCUUCAGUUCCACACCUGGCAUCCAUCCUGCAACUGUUGAAAGUGUUAUUUCUUCAGCCCAACCUUAUGCUGUAUCUAGUUCCCAAAGCCAGUCCUUUUAUCCCAUUUGGAGCACCCAAACCACCCUGUUUUGCUUUGGGUUCCUGGGACACAGAGCAAGUUGGAAAAUGUCUGUGCAAAGCCCAUGUUGUUGGAGGGAGAAGAGAACCCUACAAGGGCUCUCGGAGCUUUCUGUGUUUGUGCUUCAUGGAGGGGAAAAAUCAGGCUUUCUUUUCUUGGACAUUUCUUUGCCUGGUCUUCCUCACUGCCCAGCAGAAGGGGUUUCGAUGACCAGGGAGCUGGGAGGACGGGCUCAGAUGAAGUGCAGAAGUGGUCAGUAUUAGCUGGGGGUGCCAGAAUACCCCAGAGAUAGAGAGUAGCUGUAGCAAACGGUGUGAGACUCAAUGGAGUUGUGUGGGGUUGGCCUUACUUUCUUUUAAAUGAAGUGAUCAUCUCAACAUGUAACUUGAUGUCAGUUUGAUGCCAUAAAGCACUUUAAAUGGAACUGGUCUUGUCCCUUUUUAUUUUGGUUACGUGGAGACAAUCAGCUUUGCCAUUGCUCCCCCCCUCUGCAUCCCCAGCAAAAUUGGAUCUCCAAGUAGACAUAUUCCUGGUUUGGUUUGGCUUUACCCCAAGAGGGGAGGAAGGGCCAAGCUUUUUGUAUUAGUUUUAGACCAACGCGGGUGUGAAUUUGACUACAGUCCCACUGCAGACAGGGUGAGUGGCAGGACCAGAGAACUGGCUUCUGAUGGCUCAGGUAUAUCCCCUGGGAGAGCCCAUGCUGGUGUCACCAUCACCUUCCUCACAGCAAGUACUGCUGCCAGUAGGGAAGCAAUCCCACCAGUGGUUUGCCCUCCAUCUCCUUUUCCUUGGAGAAACCCAAAGCAAAGGAGAUGUGGUGGGAUGUGACCGAGUUAAGUGAAGCGAGGCCCUUUCCAUGCACUAAGUUAUUUACUGUCUGGGCCAUUGGAGACCUCCCAGGUGCCAUCCCUGGGGCAGGAGCUCUCACCACUCCUGAGGGUGGGCUCUUCACACUUGAAGUUUGACCACUGCUGAGCAGCACAGUAAUGCCAUUAACUUGUGCAGAUCUGUACUGCCUUUUGAAGGCAAGAGCAUCCAUAGAGUCCGAUCAUCUUUGCACCUUCUUGAGGCACUAGGCUAUCUCAAAGCUGUUAAUGAAACACACAAAUCCAGUCCUCCCAAACGCCACCGAGUCAGAAGAGGUUCACCAGGUGCCAAAUCCCAAGGAAACUGUCUAGGAUAUCUGUGGCACGGGGCAAGGGAGGACUGGGCAGGGGGCACAAGAGAGAAUCUGCUAAAAUCCCACAAAACAUUCCUUGUUAACCAGAACUCUGGAAAUUAUUCUGCCUGCUGGCCAGGUUUGGGAAUUUAACAUAAUUUAAGGCACCCUUUUAAAUAAGAAAACCUCCCUGCUGCUCAUAACUCUUGUUUCACUUGUCAGAAGGGGCAGCAAGCAAUGAUUCUUGAUCCGGUGACGCAGCUAAGCUUUAAAGAUAGGCGAGCUGAACUGGCUUUUAAUCCCGCACACCUCGUGCUCUUCAGCCAUGGGAAGCGUGAUGCCAGCUCCCUUCCCAGCUGCAUCCUCAGGGCUGGGUGCCCUUCCUUUCCACACGCAUUUCAAUGACACUGAUGCUUUGCCCAAAUAUAUCCAGCUUCCAUUGCUUGGGGGGGUGGGGGGGGAACAGGAUAACAAUCACUGCUUCGCAUACAGCUACGAGCUUGGUAUGUAUUUAAGCUGUCUAUAGGUAUCCAUCCUUUCCAUGCUCUAAAGUAUUUUACUACUUUCUUUAUUGAUAUUAAACACUGUCUCAAAACCAAACCCCACCAAAACCCAUGUCCAGUUCAGUUCGCCUAUGGUUCAAGUUUAGCCUGGAGUUUAUUUUGUACUAAUACGGAAUGCACUUGAGUAAUUCCCAGAGCGUUGAGGAGGUGUAUUACAAUAACCUGAUAUACCUCUGCUUUUGGUUUGUUUCUUAAAAAAAAUAAAAUAAAAAUGCUUUGCAUUUUCAUGUUGAACCUGUUUAAAAAAAAAAAAAAAAAGUUUAAAAAAAGUUGAAAAAAAUUUUUAAAGAGGGUAAAACCUAAUUGCUGUAUGUUAAUUUGUAAUUAUGUACAAAGUGAGCAGGUUAUCGACUGUAAAAUUCUUCAGUUUUUCUGUAACUUGCCAGAAACCAUUAGGUUUUGUAACAAGCUUUUAUUUAUCUUCCUUUUUAGUUAUCAGCAUCAACCUCUUGUAAAGUCAUUUUUUCCUCUAAAUAAAUUUGAUUUUAAGUCUG